AUGGAGAACGCAUGCGCAAGCCCCGACUGGGUGUCGAGGGCGAAGUUGAAACGUCCAGCAGGCGCCGGCAGCUUUGAUAGGGCUUGGAGUGAUGGCCUGCUCAAAAAGCCGAGAAUCGUGUACAGCUCUAAGAGACAUCGCGAUCCCUUCAAUCUCUUCGCUGACGACGCGAAAGAGAACGAGACUGAAGUCGUAGAAUCGGAAGGCGAAGAUGCCAGCGCAGAUAACGCCGACGCAGAGACCAUCACCGUAGCCGCUACGAUCCCGCCGAAAGCGCAGAAGCAGAGAAAGAAGCAAAAGCAAAAGAAGGAGAAAACCUCCACCUCCACGAGAUGGUACCAAGUCGAGAAGAUCGCUGGAAAGCAAGCCAAUGGCAGACCUUGGCCAUGUUCAUGGGACGAGGAAUCGCACAUCAGCUCGGAUGUUCUCGGUGAUUGGCAAGUCGAGAUCCAGCGCCGAAAGAGCAAGCUAGAUGAGUGCGAGAGCGGGAAACCUGUCAAGUCUAGUGCUCAGGUCAUUGGCGAGUGUUAG